AUGGAUGUGCAUUUUCUUUUAUUGUUUAUCUGUCCUGUUUUGGGCACAAUUCCCUUCUACAUUGCAGGGGAAUUAUUUCCCCAAAAUUUCCGUUCAACUGGCCAAGCAAUCGUUUUCUUUUUCUUUUAUUUAUCUGGCUUUAUUUUUAAUAUUUUAAUUUUGCCAUUGUAUGCGUCUAUUGGAGUUUGGUGUUUUCUUCCUUUAUUUAUCAUUCCACAGAGUUUUUGUUUAACUAUUCUUUGGAUAUUUCUUCCGGAAACAAGGUUAAUGAACUUUAAAAAAAAGCAACUGGAAUUAAAUAAAUUAAUGUUUUAG